AACUUUACCAUACUAUAAAACUUUUUUUUUCUUCCUUUUUGUUUUUGGUUUUGUUUUUUGUGAGGAGAGGGGUUUUAUAUAGCAUAUGUAUGUAAAACCUCAGAUUAUUGAAACCUUGUUGAAAAACCUUAAUUUUAUGUUUUUCUUCCUUUUUUUUAAAAAAAAAAUAUUAUUAUGUUAGAUAGGGUUUGAUUGUUUGUUAAUAAUCUCAAUUAUUAUUGAAGCUUGUUAGAAAGUUUUUAUUAAUUAAGAGAUGAAGUUCUGCAAAACAUACCAAAAGUACAUGCAAGGGCAAGAGGAGAAGCUACCUGGACUUGAAUUCAAAAAUCACAAAAAGAUUAUGAAGAAAUGUAGAAGUGGAGGUUGUUAUUCUCCUAUCAUGAUGAACCAUAAUAAUAAUAAUAAUAAUAAUGCCACCAAAAGUUGCCCUAUUCAAUGCCCAGUUUGUGAUGGAACUUUCUUCCCUUCUCUGCUGAAUGAAGUAUCAGAAGUAGUAGGGUGCUUCAACAAGCGUGCACAACAUUUGCUAGAGUUACACCUCUCUUCAAAUUCUGGCUUCAAGAAGUACCUUCUUUGCUUGACAAGAUCCAAUCAUAACACUAUCAUUCAACAAGGCAAAGAUCUUGUCACUUAUGCACUCAUCAAUGCUGUCGCUAUCCGAAAAAUAUUAAAGAAAUAUGAUAAGAUACAUGAUUCAAAGCAAGGGCAAUUAUUCAAGUCACAAGUGCAGGCUAUGCACAAGGAAAUUCUUCAGAGUCCAUGGCUUAUUGAGGUUAUGGCCUUAUACAUCAACACUAACACUAAAGACCCUACAUCUUCUUUGUUUGAUGGAUGCUGCCUUACUUUUAAGGAUGGAAAACCAUCACUCACUUGUGAAAUCUUUAAACCCUACAAAGUUGAUAUUGACUUGACUUGUUCUAUAUGCUUAGAUACAGUGUUUGAUCCUGUGGCGUUGACUUGUGGCCAUGUUUUCUGUUACACAUGUGCUUGCUCAGCUGCAUCAGUAACCAUUGUUGAUGGACUUAAGGCAGCAGAUCCUAAACAAAAGUGUCCUCUAUGCCGCGAGAAAGGAGUUCAUGAAGGUGCUGUGCACUUGGAAGAACUAAAUAUUUUGUUAGGCCAAAGGUGCAAGGAAUAUUGGGAGGAAAGACUUAGAAUGGAGAGGGUAGAAAGGGUUAGGCAGGCCAAGGAGCACUGGGAAUCUGUCUGUAGGACAGCCAUGGGAAUCUAAUCUGAAUUUGAUACUAUUUGGAUUGUGAUUUAUUUUGGUUUUAUCUUCAUAAAAAGAAAAUAUUGUGAACCGUUAAGUUUGAUAUGUUUAAUUAAACAUGUUUGACUAAACCAUCUUAAGAUUCACAAUAUCAUCUUCACAUAAAGAUGUCUUCGUGAGAGUAACCACUUUAUUUUUAAUGGGACACAGUGUACAUACAUAUAAAUUAAAGGAAAUAUACAACGAAUUAAUUCCUAUAAAAAAAUAUUUUUAUGAAUAUAUAUGAUAAAUGUCAUUUUAAGAACAAAAAUUUGUGUACCAAAACUUUCACAAUUUUCCAUUAGAUAAUAGAUAAUCAAAGUAAUUCUCUAAAUGCCUUUUUGGAUUUAAUUAUAAGAGUGCCUCAACUAACACUCAAGAAGGUAAUAAUCAAGAUUUAAUGUUGUAAUAAAAAUGCUCAGCUAGAAAGAUGUAUUCAAAGCUUUCUAAUGUUACAUAAUUAAACAAAAUACAAAGGAUCAAUUCAUUAUUCAUUACAACAUUAUUAUUGUAGCAUCAAAAAUUAGGACCUAUCAUAGCUGCAUUUGGCAUACUAUACUGGCACUACUUAGGCCAAAUGCAAUUGAAUUAGGAUACCAAUUUACAAGCAUUCUUCCUGCUUCAAUUCUCUAAAAUAAUGCAUCACAAGGAUGAAUGAAGCAGAAAAAUCUUAAUUGAUCUCAUUCUUGCCCUUCCAUUUCCCUCUCUCUAUAUCUAUAUUGAUGAGAUGCAUUUAAAGGGUUUGUUAUAGUCCACUAGAACGGUUGGCAUAUUCUUGA